AUGUCUGCGGUAACUGUGCCCGUCUCACCAACACCGGCCGACUGGGACGAGUCCAAGGGCUCGUUUGCCGUGUGGAACCAUCUUGCCGACUCGAUGACGCGCUUCCAUAACCACUUUAGCUGGGAGUAUGACGAGGCGUACAAGGUGGGUAACCGGCAUGUGUGGAUACCAUCGUCCGUCUGGGUUGAACGCAUGGCCUCUGAUUGUGGCUAUGGGUGUGGCCGUAGGUGCGACGACAUACUCUUCAUCCACCCCAAUCCCGAGCGACACUCGCUGACACCUCCUCAGAACGCAGGGAACAGGUUCAUCAACGACGGCCAGCUGCUACGCUACCUCCGCGAAUCCGAGACGCUCGCCCACCACCUCGACAUGCACCACCGUAUCGAGGAGGCGUACAUCUUCCCGCUACUGGCCAAGAGGAUGCCCCAGUUCGCCGACGGGGCAGGGAGCAGGAAGGGCGCGCAUAUUGUCAGCCAUGCGCAAAUCCACGAAGCAGACGCCAACGGUGGCCUCGCUGCAGAGAGAUAUCAAAAGUACCUUGCCCAGUCCAAGGCCGACCCCAAAUCGUACUCUGCCGAAGGGAUGCGCGAUACGCUCGACUCGUUCCGGAAAGUCCUCUUCGACCACCUGCGCGAUGAGGUGCACGACCUCGGCGCUGAGAGUGUGCAGGCCCACGGGUUCACGUUGGAGGAGAUCAAGCGGUUCCCCAUGUAG